CUAUCUAUCUAUCUAUAUAUAUCUACUAGACAUACCAUCCUUAGUUUAACUUGAAUUAUACAUAUUUGCUCUAUCAUUCUGUGCAUACCCUGCUCAACUGGCAGCAAUGGAGACUUCUCAACCUCUCUCCAUUGAAAGCUUCUCAUAUAGUUGGUUAGUAAACCUAAAGCCAUCGUUUGAAACCCUAGAUGACACACUUUGUGCCUCCAUUGAUGCAUCCGAUGAAGCUUCCUUCAUCGAGAUGGACCCAAAACUACCACCCUCAAGGAGAUUCUUCAGAGGCUCUCAUGACUUCAACUUUGCUUUUCCUAUCUCACAACAGUCUCCUCUAACUCUUGUUCAUGCCGAUGAGCUCAUCUCCGACGGCUUCCUCAUGCCUCUCUUUGUCAAGCCACUGAAAAUCGAGCCAUGUGAUUCUUCAGAUUCUACACCAACAACUCCAAUCUCUUCACAUGCUUCAAAAAAUGUGCAUUCAGAUAGUAAGAUUCAUCGUUCAUCAUUGAGAAAGUGUCGAAGAUUGUCAAAGCAAAUCUUCCAGAAAUAUUUGGAAUUUUUUCUCAGGCCACUGUGUCGAAAACUACAAGGCAGAAGAAGAUCUUGCUCAAGAAAUGAAGCUGUUGAUAAUUGGAUAUGCUCAGCUGCGACGUCUCCUCGGACAAGCGUGGCUUACUCAGUUGAUGAUUGGCGUAGGUCUUGUGAUUCGGAGAGUUCAAUACACGAGGCAGUCCUUCACUGCAAAAGAUCAAUCGGUAAAUAAAUGAGGGUUUUGUGCACAUAAGAGAACAAAGGAGAUGACAUUUACAUGCAAACAAAAGAAAUGAUAGGUCUCAAGAAGAUCAUCCGUUAUUGUUUAUUCAUUAUCUCUUUCUUCGCUUUCCUUGUUUGGUAUAGUUUUUCUUAAGUCGAAACUUGAUAAGUUAAAAGCGAACUGUAUAGAUGGUUGGCUAUUGAAAUUUGGGCAUUUGGGAAGAUGGAGAAGAUAUGUUAUAUUUUCAUAUUUGUCUUCUCAUUGUGACAAUCUUUUAAAUUAUAAGGAAUCUACCACCUUGUGAAGUUAUUAUUA